AUGUAUAGCGGAAACGUUCCGCCGUCACACCAUCAGCCAACUGGUGGACCGAUAAGAACCGAAUACCAUAGUCCUGGACGUGCCGAGUAUCCUCCUGAGGGAUAUUAUACUCCUCCCAUUCCUCCUCCACAUCAUCUUGUUUAUGACUAUCACCUUCACCAUCCACCUCACCACUAUAUUCCAUACCCAAUAGCUCCUAUGAAUCCUUCUCCAAUGCCUCAGGUAUUACUUCCCGAUGAGUAUUCAGACCAAGUAUCUUCGAAAAGAACUACUUCAAAGUCUGACAGCAUUAAUGCUAAUUCUACUUCACAAGAGGUCGUUGAAAAAAAUAUAGCCUCAAGUUCUGUAAAGAAUUCUACACAAAAUUUAAAUACUAAAACCAAAUUCAAAAAGGAACGUUUUGGCACUUUUGAUACUCAGGCUGUAAGUGAAGACGAAAAAAGGUCUUACUCGUUAAUAGUUUGCCAGCAACCUUUACGAGCUCGUAUGUGUGGAUUUGGCGAGAAAGAUCGACGGCCGAUCGACCCACCGCCGAUCGUUCAGUUAGUAGUAAAUGAUGACAAAGGAAAACUUGAUACAAGAGAAGAACGUAAUGUGAUUAGUAAUCCCCCUAAAACUACUCGUGUACUUAUGGGAUCAUUAGUCUCGUCUCCAGCAAUUUUGAAAAAUACUACUGGUGAACCAGGAUGUUAUUUUUGUUUUCCUGAUCUUUCCAUACGUACGGAAGGAAAGUAUACCCUAAAAUUUUCAUUAAUGAAAUUGGGAACCGAGGAUCGAUUAAUAAACACCAAAACCGAAAUAAUUGCCACAACAUUUUCAGAUCCUUUCACUGUAUAUUCGGCAAAAAAAUUCCCGGGUAUGACUGAAUCAACUGAGCUUUCAAAAGCUUUUGCAAAACAGGGAUUAAAAAUUCCUAUUAGGAAUGAUGUCAGACCCAGGAAAGUUUUAGAAGAUUAA